AUGUCACGUAAAAGUUCUAAGGAAGUUAAGAAAGUAAACGUUUCUAGCUCCUUGGAGUCUGAAGACCUUAGCUUAGAAACUACAAUACCAACCGAUGAAGUUUCUUCCUCUGAAGAGAGAGAAGGUACUGUUAAAAUCACUAAGCAGCUCAUUGAACGGAAAGAGUUGCUCCAUAAUCUUCAGCUUCUUAAAAUAGAAUUAUCUCAGAAAAACCUGAUGAUUGACAACUUGAAAGUAGAAUAUUUGACCAAGAUUGAAGAGCUAGAAGAGAAGCUUAAUGAUGCAAUCCAUCAAAAGCAGCUCUUGUCUUUACGACUGGAUAGUCAGCUGGCAUUACAGCAAGAAGAUGCUAGAAAACAUCAGGCUCUAAUGAAACAAGAAAUGGAAACUAUUUUAUUGAGACAGAAGCAACUGGAGGAAACCAAUCAUCAGUUAAGGGAGAGGGCUGGAGAUAUCCGUCGUAGCUUGCGAGAUUUGGAAUUAACGGAUGAUUGCUAUGAGAAGCUCAAGUCUCUUCCUGAAGAUCAGCUUUCUAUCCCUGAAUAUGUUUCUAUCCGAUUCUAUGACGUAGUCCAUUCCUUAAGGAAAGAGCUAAGUGAUCUACAGAUGAAAAAGGAGAGCCUAACAGAAGAACUCAGUGGGUACAGAUCCCAACUGAAGUGUCUGACAGAG